AUGUGCGUGUGGUGGGGGCCCGUGUUGCGGGUGCUGGUGCUGCAGGCGGCCUGGGCGCUGGUCGGCGGGCAGGUGCGGUACUCGGUGCCGGAGGAAGCCAAGGCCGGGACGGUGGUGGGGCGUCUGGCGCAGGACCUGGGCCUGGAGGCGGGCGAGGCGGAGGCGCGGCGGCUGCGGCUGGUGUCGCAGGGCCGGCGGGCGAGCGUGGAGGUGAGCGGGGCGAGCGGGGCGCUGGUGGUGAGCUCGCGGCUGGACCGGGAGGAGCUGUGCGGGAAGAGCGCGCCGUGCGCCCUGCGCCUGGAGGUGCUGGUGGAGCGGCCGCUGCGCGUGUUCCACGUGGAGCUGGAGGUCACGGACAUCAACGACAAUGCCCCGCUCUUCCCCGCCGCCCGGAAAAACCUCAGCAUCGCGGAAUCGUCUCUGACGGGGUCUCGGUUUCCUCUGGAGGGCGCCUCGGAUGCAGAUAUCGGAGUUAAUGCACAGCUCUCUUAUACACUCAGUCCUACUGAGCAUUUCGGUUUGGAUUUACAGCGGGCUGAAGAAUACCGAGAAUCUCUGUUUCUGGUGCUCACAAAAGCACUGGACCGCGAGUCGCUGCCCGUGCACCGUUUGGUGCUGACGGCGAGUGACGGGGGCCGGCCGUCUCUGACGGGCACGAUGGAGCUGGAGAUCUCGGUGCUGGACGCGAACGACAACGCGCCCCAGUUCAACCAGACUGUGUAUAAAGUGCAGUUGCCGGAGAACGCUGCAGAGGGGACGCUCGUGAUGCGAGUGAACGCCACGGAUCCGGACGUGGGAAUCAAUGGCGAAAUUACGUUCACAGCGAGCAAUAUUUUUCCUCCAAAAGGAAUAAACCUUUUCCUUUUAAAUCCGAAGAGUGGGGAGAUCCAUCUCACGGGCGCUCUGGACUUCGAAGACGUGCGUUCAUAUGAGAUACAAAUCGAAGCGACAGAUAGAGGGACGCCACCUUUGUCGGGUCACUGCAAGGUGGUGGUGGAGGUGCUGGACGUGAACGACAACGCGCCGGAGGUGUGGGUGACGUCGCUGUCGGUGCCGGUGCCGGAGGACGCGUCGGUGGGGACGGUGGUGGCGCUGCUGAGCGUGUCGGACCGGGACUCGGGGGCGAACGGUCAUGUGCGCUGCGCGGUGUGGCCGGCGGCGCCGUUCAGGCUGGUGUCGACGUUCGCGGGGUCGUACUCGCUGGUGCUGCGGGAGGCGCUGGAUCGGGAGCGGGUGUCGGAGUACGAGGUGGAGGUGCGGGCGGAGGACGGCGGGUCGCCGUCGCUGCGCGGCCGUCGCGGAGUGCGGGUGCCGGUGUCGGACGUGAACGACAACGCGCCGGCGUUCGCGCAGGCCGUGUACACGGUGCUGGCGCGGGAGAACAACGCGGCGGGCGCGGAGCUGGCGCGUCUGUGGGCGCGGGACCCGGACGAGGCGGACAACGGGCGCGUGCGGUACUCGGUGUGGGAGGGCGUCGUGGGCGGUGUCACGUCGGCGGGCGGGGGGUGGCGUCCGGCGUCGAGCUACGUGUCGGUGGACGCGGAGAGCGGGCGUCUGUGGGCGCUGCAGCCGUUGGACUACGAGGAGGUGCAGGUGCUGCAGUUCGAGGUGCGGGCGGUGGACGCGGGGGAGCCGCCGCUGUGCGGCAACGCCACGGUAAAGCUGUUCGUGGUGGACGAGAACGACAACGCGCCGGCGCUGCUGCCGGCUGGAAGCGGCGGGCCGGGGCCCGGGGUGUCGGGCGAAGCGGUAUCGGGGGCGUUGUGGGCGUGGGCGGCGUGGGGGGCGCCGGCGGGACAGGUGGUGGCGAAGAUCCGCGCGUUGGACGCGGACUCGGGCUACAACGCGUGGCUGCGCUACGAGCUGUGGGAGCCGCGGGGGAAGGGCCUGUUCCGCGUGGGGCUGUACAGCGGCGAGGUGAGCACGGCGCGGGCGCUGGAGGAGGCGGACGGCCCGCGGCAGAGGCUGGUGAUCGUGGUGCGGGACCACGGGGAGCCGGCGCGCUCGGCCACGGCCACGCUCAGCGUGUCGCUGGUGGAGGGCUCCGAGGCGGUGCUGGCGGCCGCGGGCUCGUCGUCGUCAUCCAGAGCGGGGCUACGUCCAGCAGAGGAUGGUGCGGCAGCGACAGGAGCGGCGGCGACAACGAACGUGUGGCUGGUGGUGGCCAUCUGCGCGGUGUCGAGCCUGUUCCUGCUGGCGGUGGUGCUGUACGGGGCGUCGCGGUGGGCGCCGCGGGCGGGCGUGCUGUCGGGGCCCGGGCCGGCGACGCUGGUGUGCGCCAGCGAAGUGGGGAGCUGGUCGUACUCGCAGCGCCAGAGCCGGAGCCUGUGCGUGGCGGACGGCGCGGGCAAGAGCGACCUGAUGGUUUUCAGCCCCAACUUCCCACCGCCGCCCGGCCCCGCGGUGAAGGAGACGCAGCCGGAGCCGCCCACUCUCCUGGACACGCAAAAACACCCACCCAUUUUUUUUGUCUUCUCUCACACUGGCAAUGUGCUGCUUACAGUCAAUGAGAAGCAGAUGCUGGAAUUUUGA